AUGGACGUUGACUCGUCAUCAUCAUCCUCACCCGCUGGGCGCCUAUCCGUUCUCUGCUCAGCUUCUAAUGAAUAUUCUUCAAAUUCGUCUGAAGCUUCAUCUCCAACCUCUCGAAGAAGUUCUAUGAAUGAACAUAUUCUCAAAGAUGAUCAGUACUGGGAGAGGAGGCGGAAGAACAAUGAUGCUUCUAAGAGAUCACGAGAGAAACGACGGUUAGGUGACAUAGCGAUGGAGCAGCGUAUCCUUGCUCUAUCAAGAGAAAAUGAAAUUCUGAAAACACAGUUAGAAUCUCGAACAGCUACAGACUCUCUGCUGGCUACCAGAAAUAUAGCAGAGUUUGCUGCUUUACCAGCUCAAAGUAACACUGUGCAAGCCGACCGACCGAGCAUUUUCGCUCCAACGUCUCUGAACUCAGCCUUAGGCCUACCAUCUCUACCUCUACCUAGCACAUUACCAUUAGCCUCUUCGUUAGCUGCUUCAGCGAACACCCUGCCGCCUGUAUUACCAACAACGGCUGCUGCAACUUCUGCUUUACCUCUUCUUCAAAUUUAUCAACUUCAAAGCGCUCUACAACAACAGGCGUACCGACCACAAUCGGCCUCUAGCGUGUUCUCCUUAGGCAGUGCUUUUACGCCUUUCCAGAAGGAGUCCGUUGUAAUGAAAGCUGAACGAAUCAGUCCUGAUUCUUCAAGUGAUCGAACACAGAAUGUCAUUAGACGUGUGCCUACACCGCCUCCAACUUCAUCUUCCUCCUCAACUUCAACUUCAUCUUCAUCCUCUUCUUCUCAUUCAAUCUUAGGACAAAUUCUAUCAUCGAGACGGGUAUCUCCUUCAGUUCCACAAAGUAGAACAGAACAUCGUAGUGGAUUGAGUAGUCCUCCUAGAACAUCCUGCUCAAAAUCUGACUGCGAAUCGAUCUCUUCUUCCGCUUCAUUGUCGCCAUCGCAUUCUUCGGAAGAUCAUUCCGAAAAUUCAGCCAUAAGAGAAGCAUUAGGUGGUGAAAAUCGAUUAAAAUCUUAUAUGGAUCGGAGACGACGUAAUAAUGAAGCCGCCAAGAGGUGUCGAGCAAAUAGACGAGCAGUUUUCGAAUAUCGCAGUAAACGAGUUCAGUUAUUGGAAGGAGAAAACGAACAGUUAAAAGAAGAAAUUUCUCGUUUAAAGCAAGAACUUCAACAUCAAAAAGCCUUAUUGAGUAGCUUAAACAAAUUGGAUUAA